AUGGUGUUUAAAAUAACCCUCCUGGCUGAUGAAUUCAAGAAAUCAAAAAAAGGUGGUCUGUCUACCUUGAAUAGACAGCUAGCUAUACAACUUGCUAAAGUUCGGACUGUAAAGGUUCGCGUGUUAAUGCCUAAAGCCACUGAGGAAGACCGAAGAGAUGCUAAGAAGCACAAUGUCAAUAUAAUUGAAACUUUGAAGUGUGUUGGCCUUGAAGAAGCUUACUGGUUAGGAUAUCCACCAGACAAUUUUGAUACUGACAUUGUAAUAGGUCAUGAUAUAAAGCUGGGAUGGCCUGGUCAUGUGAUCAGAAGAUUGUGUGGUGCAAAAUGGAUGCAUGUUGUUCAUACAAAUGCUGAAGAAGUCGGCAUACACAGGAAUCGCGAAGGUGAAAUUUCAAGAGGCGAAGACAAGCCGGAGAUUCAAAUGAAUCUGUGUGAAAUUGCAGAUUUGGUAGUAACAGUUGGCCCUAAGCUGAAAAGUAGUGUUUCUGUGAGCGCUUGUUCUAGUGACAAGGUCUUUAAUUUUACACCAGGUCUUUUUGAAGAAUUUGUAAAUGAGCGUAAAGAGCUAAACAAAGGUAAUCGAUUUGACAUCUUACUCUUCGGAAGGGGAGAUCCUGAAGACCUUGAAGUUAAAGGAUUUCAAACUGCUGUGGAUGCAUUUCGUACAUUAAAGCGAGAGGACAAGACAUACAACAUGAUGAUUGUUGGAGCCCCAGAAGGAAGUCAGGACGACUUGAUGGCAAAGUUGACAAGCAGUUCUGCAGAUAGCGCUAGGCCAUUGAUAAGAAGGUAUGUAGAAGACCGAAAAGAGCUGAUGAAGAUAUUCAUUGGUGUUGAUCUUGUGUUAAUGCCAUCAAAGACAGAUGGAUUUGGUCUGGCAGGGCUUGAAGCCCUGUCAGCUGGGGUAGCCAUCCUUGUGUCAAGCAAUUGUGGCUUGGCAGAAGUACUUGAAAAAAUUGCGAAUGGCUCACAAUGCAUAGUGGAGGCUGAUGAUGACUGGGUAAAGGCCAUCAAGAAAGUGAGGCGAAAGAGCGAAAGAACCCGCAAUGAGGAGGCAAGAAUGCUUCGUGACAAGUACAAUGAGAUGUUCUCGUGGAGUUCCCAGUGUGAUGAACUGGUGAAAAUAAUGAAAAAAAUGUGUCAAGGUGAGCAUAUGUAACUGUUUCUUUUGCCAAUAGUUACUGGAUUGUGUGACAAAGUAUCCCUUCCAUUCCAUAAUUUGUUAACCCUUUAACUCCCAUGAGUGAUAAAGACAGAAUUUCUCCUUACAAUAUCAAUACAAUAUCAUGCACACAAGUGAUGAGAAUAAAGAAAAAUAUCAACAAGGGGAUAAGUAGUUGAUCCAAUACCAAAUUUUCUGAAUUAAAAUCUUAAGAAUUGUGUGGUAGUCAGUGAGGAGAAUUACUAAUAAGUCUUUGGGAGUGAAAAUGAACCCAACAGCCUGUUAUCAGUAAAUGUAAAUGAUCCUGGGUGUCUUGUGUAUGUCACACAGUCCUGUUGCAGAAUACAAUCACAAGCAUGUAAAGCAAAUACCAUCAAACUUCAUUUAAAUCUAGUUACCUAAGACUGUAAUUAGUUACCGCUUUGAGUGCUGAAAAAAAACCAAGCAGACCACAGGCUGCCCAAGCUCACAUCUCGAGAAUAAGCCAACAAUUAAUUCAUGAACAUGUCAUGUGUUGUGUGACUCGGUGUUAAGUUAGGAGAGGAACCGUUGAAAAUUUGAACACAUUAUAAGGAAUAGUAUGGGGAAUGAAAUAUGGUCGAUUUACAUUGAUAAAUGUUUCAAAAUAUGAACUGUAAGUGAUAUGAAUUUUUCAGUGUUUUAGCAGCCACAAUCCAAAAGAAAUUCAAACAAACAACCUUGAAUUGAGAUUGGUGAAGGCUUCUCUGUCCAUUCAUCAACCUGACCAAGUGGUACGAAAGGCGAUUGAUGUGUCAGCAGCUGAUUGGCAAUAUCAAACACAUGAAAAGAUAUGAUAUUUUUUCACGUGUUGUUACAGCUUUUCUUUAGGGCUGGAAAUCCUUGUGUAAUACCUUAGUUUAUGUGAUAAACAAUGUCAUUUUUGUCUUUGAGUUUGAACUACAAGCUAAGACUGCAGUUUUAAUGUCCUGUAUCAUGGAAUUGUAUUUCCUGUAUUAUGAAAUGAAUUAUUUAGAAAAUGAAAUCUGCAAUAAUGUUAAAUGUGCAAGGAAGACCUGUCUUCCUCCUGGCUAGUAUUUUAAUUUAUCUCCAUCUUAUAAUCUGAGUGUACUACAUGAAACUGUGAAUUGAUUAUAACAAAAUCAGUUAUCAUAUGCUGUUAGAUAUUUGAGAUACACUGAACAAUGCAAGACUACAUUCCUACCUCUGACUAGCAAUUGGUUAAACAUAAGUACCACUCCAAAAGAUGCUUCAAAAAAGAGAAAGUCCACAGACCAAAGCAAACCAGGCAAUGAAUCUGGAGGUGAGUUGUCUGACCUAUUUUUUCAUGAUUGUGUUGCAUCCUGUCAGACAGAGUUAACAACAUAAUACUACAUUCCUCUGACUCAACCUCUAUAGUUAUUGGGCUUUCUGUUGAUACUUCUGACUAGUAUGUCAAAAUAUAGGUGCCACUCCAAAGACUGCUUCAAAAAAGAGAAAGUCCAGAGACAAAAGCAAAUCAGGCAAUGAAGCAGGAGGUGAGUCAUUUGAUCUCUUGUUUUAUGGUUGUGUUGCAUCCUUUCAUACAGGAAAUUAAUAAAGGUCCAAGUAAUGUAAAUAAGUUGGAAAUAUUCUUUUGAAACAAAACACCCAUCUGUUACACAAUAUUAAUUAAGCUAAAAACAACAAUUGUGACCUUUUCCUUAUCAAAAUGAACCCAAUACUCCGGUAUCAGGAAAUGUAAAUGUUCCUAAGUGUCUUGUGUGUGUCACACAGUCCUGUCACGCAGUACAAUCACAAGCUUGGUAAUGUCUCCACUGCCUUAUUUCAGCACUUCAAACGGUACGGUGGUUGUGUGUAAGGCAAGGGAAAAUUUUUGGCAACUAAUGUUUGCAGCAAUUUGGUGACUUGCUUGGCAGUCAUGAAGCAAACUGUAAUAUUUUAUUUCCCAUUGUUUUAUAGUUUUGAGUUUAAGAUGGAUAUAGUGAGACUUGCAGAGAUAUUUUUUUAUAUUGCAAAAAUGUUCUUUCCUUUUUUUUAUCUUUGGUUUUUUCUGCCUAAUAGUUAAUUGCAAGAAUUUUGCUUUUAUUGAUGAAGGUUGAUUUUCACAGGUCUGAUAGAUGCCAUGUUGGAGAAAUGUUUUUCCCAACUUAACAUGUUUAGUCCUUACAGAAAUUUUGUCACACACUUGAAGGGUUAAUUUAACCUUUCUUAACAAUUCUAGGAGUUACUGGGAUGUCUGGUGAAAGGGAAGAUGAUCAAUCAGAGUCAAAUGAGAUGAGUACAGUGGCAGAAGAAGCUGGUAGGUACAGUCUGUAUGUUGCUGCAAUGCAGGAUGAACUUUACAGACUGAGAUAAAAAAUUCAAAGGCAAUUGAAGGGUUUAUUUUGAGCUGACAAUUCAAUGAUUCUUGUAAUCUCGAGGCAAAUUAAAUAUUAUAACACAACAAAUUGACAACUAAACACAUUAAAACAUUGCAAAUAGGAGUAAAAGAUAAGAAUGUGACCUACAUAUGAGGCAGAGCCCCCAGUUGCAAUGCCAACAUCAAAUACUUACAAUGAAAAGCAACAAAUCUUAAUUGAGCAAGCCUGCAUAAAAUAAACCAAAAUAUAAGAAAAGAAAUGUGAAUAUCUAUCCCACACCGUGAAAGGUUCAGACUAAGAUGGCAAUGAAACGGCAACAACAAGGUAAAAGUGCAGAUGGCAGGACCAAGAGCUUACUUGAAAAAAUCAACCAGAGAAAAAUGAACUUUGUACAAAUGACAUGAUGUGUGUAAAUUUGAUUAUUGUACACUUGAAGAUUAAUAUAACCUUUCCUAACAAUCUAGGAGCUAACGGGAUAGCUACAAGUCCAAACAAAGAUGAAUCACAGGAAAAUAACGAGAGUAUGGUAAAGGAAGUCCAUGGUGAGUGUGGUUCAAUCUCCAUUCAUUGUCCUCUAUGUACAUGUACAUGUUCACAAUCUCACCUUACUGACACACAUGUACUCUUUGCAAUUAUUUCAUUGUUGUUAAUUGUCUAUUGAAUCUAGAAGGUGCCAAUGAGAAAGUGCUAGAAGAAGUAUCUGAAACAACUGAGCAAGAAACAGGGUUUAGAGGUAAAUUAUUCUUCAGCUCUCUUUUCCACCUUUUUUUUUUUAAUGAAAUGUGACUAUAUAGAAUGUAUGUUUUAGUAACAAGUGGGGUUAUGAUGACUUCCACCAAAAAAAAAACAUUUUGCAGUCAUUACAACCAACAACAGAUCAUAUCAGAGCUGUUAUGGGCAAUUGGGAAGGACCCAGGAAUGACUAGCCCCUUCUGGUCUGUAUUUUAGGGAAGUUUGUUUUAAAGAAAGUGGGUAUAUGUAAAUGUGAGGGUGUCUCAAUAAUUUAUAUAUAUUAACUCAGGUUCAUAUAGCUUCAAUAACUGAUAUUUUAUCAAAUAGUUUUUUUUAAUAAGUACCAAGAGAUAAACAUAUUAAGAACCACUUACUUUAAGGAAAAAAGAGGUAAAAGUUCAGACACUUUUCAGCAGUAUCACACCAUUUAGACACAAUCACAAGCCAUUUAACAUUUAAUUCAUAUUCACAUUGAUCAAAACAUGGCAAAUUUCCAGCCUCAGAUAACUUGUUUUAUAAUAAAUUCUUAAACAAAGAUCUGAAUUUCCCAUAUAUUUUUUUCCAUAAAAAGGCAUUGCUCUUUCAUGAUGAAGAAAUUGACCUUGGAAAUAUCCUUACAAUUUUAUUCUUGAAUACCAACAAAUUUAUGUCUUACAUGUACAUAAUUUCUACCAAGUUCAAAAAUAUUCUGGGAUAACCAUAACUUUAAAAUCAAAGUGAGUAAUGGCUGUAGACUAUAUCUCAGCAUUUUUCUAUUGUUCUCUUUUUAAUGGUGGGCAUUUGAUAUUGAAGAAUUGCAGACUUUGAUUUCUCCUGGUGGAACCUCAGCCAAUGGAAACACUUCAUGCACAACAUGAUAGGAAGCAGCUAGCACUGUGCAGACAAAAAGAUGCUCCAUAGAUGAAAAAAUAUCUACAGGAUUAAAUUGUGAAAUGGUCUUAAAUUUGGAAAUUAGUUCAUAUAGGUAUAUAAUAAUAUUAGAGAAACUAAAGUACAUUUUAGAAAUAAUUAAGCAAGAAAUGUCAAAAUUAACUGCAUGAGGUACAUGUUCACCUAAAAUUAGUCCAGUUCAUUGUUCAUUUUGAUGUAGGAAGAAUUUUGGUAUUUAUCUUGUCUUUCUGUUAGACAAUGUCAGACCUUGUUUGACAUUUGAUUUAACAGUGAACGUUUACUUUACAUCAUUACAGUUAACAGACUAUACAGUUAUAGGAAGUCUCUUCAAUUUACAGCUAUAGUGUGGUCUUUUCAUGCAAUGUAUUCUUUAGCAUUAUGGUGUGCUGCUUGAUAAGACCAAGCAAUGGCUUUGCUAGAGACUUAAUUAAUAAUAAAAUAAUAGCUUUAUAUUUUUUUAUAUGGAUCCUAACUAACCUAGUGCAUGAGAAACAGUGGGUCUAUAAUGCAUUUAUUCAUGGGUUCAUUUGAGUGUACACAAUCAAGACCAGUUGCCACUUGGAAGUGGUUGAUGUCAGUAGAAGAACUACUACUAAUCAUUUAGAAGUGAAGCUAGGUAAAUACUAGGAUAGUGUAUAACUCCAAGUCUGAAAACGAAUUUUAUUAACCAUUUUUUUAAAAUUAAAACUACUUUACAUUGUCAAGAUUUCAACCUUGGGUUGUUUUAAACUCAAGUGUCAUUUUGUGUUGUAAACCAGCAGAGUGAGGAUUCUCUCUUUGUUCUUUGGUCUACAAAAUAUAUUAGGCUUUUGGUGUGCAGACUGGUGACUAAAAGCACCAGACUUAGGCUAGCAAGGUUUAUGUUUUAAGUAAAUGACCUCCCAAUUGGCAAUGUUUUGAUCUGCCUUCAUGAUCCUGUGCCCAAAACAUAAUUUUAAAAUUUGAUCAUAGUCAACAACAGUUUCUCUUUAAGAGAGAGAGAGAGGCAUUUUUAGCUUUCCUUAAUUAACUGGAAGAAAUUCACGCACCCUAUUUAGGGUAAAGCAAAAUAAAUUCAAUGGAAAAAGAACUACCAACCUUCCGUUUAAAUCAUUCCACCACCAUGCUCCCUCUAUGAGACACAACGAUGUAGUGUUUUUGAAUGCUGUCAAUCACAGUGUUCGGGAUGCCCCCACAGUCGAAAAAGAAAGGAGUCUUCUGUAGUCGAAUCUUGUAUGUAUGUUGAUUAAAUAUCGUUGCGUUCAUAUCAGAAGUUUCAGUGUUUAUUUAAGCCUAAACACCACAAACACCAGAGUGCACAGAACUAAAAUUGCAUCACACUUGGGAUAUUACAUGGUCGUGCGGGAACACAUUUUGUAGAGUGGUGAUGGAUUCAUUGAUAACAUGAGACAAGGUGAAUCUGUUGAAAUUAGAGACAAAAGAAAAUCGUCCUAUAAGAGCAUCAAACGAAGUCAUUCACGUCGUGCGGCAGGCUGCUUUGGCAGAAUUAUUCUUCAACCUUCGAUAUCCAAAGAUAAGGCACUUCCUGUCUCCAAAAAAAGUCAAAUCCUUCAGUUAAAUCCUUAAGUUUUUAAGGAGAAACGGUUUCUUCCUCCAUUAGUAACACAUUCGUUCUCAAAACUGAAAAACGAUUCGAUUGGCAGUGUCCCCCACUCCGUUUGGGACGAAGAUAAGGAGCCUUGAGAUAGAACUACACGAAUUGCGUGCCUAGCAAAACUCGUGACGUAACCGGUCAGGGCCAUUUCAGGCCAGGUCAGAAAAAUCCAUAGUUGGGUGAAACUCAGUAGUGCUUGCAGACUACAUCUAUGUUGGAGCCAACUUUGUUGUUGUUUUAGUCAUUGUCUCAACCAUAGUCAACAGCCGUAAUAAAUUCUAGCCUAUUCCUGUCCUAUUACACUGUCCAAUUACAAGCAUGACGCAUACUCCGACCUAUCAGAUCAAGAUACUUUGGCCGAAAUCAUGACGUCAUUUGAUCUAAUAAUCUUAAUUUUACUGUAAAUAAAACCUUUUUAGAGGCUGAAAAAUAUAAAGAAUGUAUCAAUUCUUCUUUUCCAAAAAGGGCGGGUCUAAUUCAAGGACGGGAGAAAAGGGAGUGGAGGUCACCCAAACCUCCUAAUUCCCGGUCCAGUGUGAAAAAACUCUAAAAUGUUUAGCGAAAUUACAUGACAGUGCAGGGACUAAUUUUUUUCUUGAGUGCUGUUGGAUUCCAUUGGUGCUAUGAGACAAAGUGAAUUUGUCCUGGUGGCCAGUCAUUUUCUUUUCAUUCAUAUUAUGAUAUUGUUUUAGAUAUAAAUUAGAUGUUGAAAUCAACGCACCAAGACACGUUGCCUAACAAAUCACCUUUUUAAUAAUCUAGAGAAAUGAAUCGCCGUAAUUAAAUUAGCAUGACAACUAACUAGCUGAACAUGGAUGACAACCUUUUUCUCUAACAAAACAAAGAUCAUAAUCACGAGUUUCUUGUUUCUUCAUUACGUGUUUCUGGUCUCUUAGUGUAAAGUAACAACAAUGAAAUGAUUAUCUAUAGUUUCCAACGGCAAUGUAUGAAGUCGAAUUUCAAGAGGAUCAAUUAAAGUCAUUCCACCUGAUAACAUCCAAAGAUGAAACACUUUGUCGCAAAAAAAGAGACAAAUUCAACCAGGGGAAUUCAGAUUAAAAAUAAGUAGUUUGUAGGUAGAAAAGAAGGAACUGUUUGUUUUCCACCAGUAGCACAUCCUUUCCCAAAGCUGUAGAGCUUUGCCUCUUUGUGUGAGAUUUUUUAAGGAGAGGAAGGUAUGAGGACCCAUGCAAUGAGUUGGGAGAGAAACUUAAAACUUUGACAAGGUGACGUAAGCUACUGGCUCCUCUUGUUCGGAGGGUGGAUAACGCUAUCCACUGGGUAAAUCUCUGUCCGGGGGAUAGCGCAGUACGUUUUGUUAACAGUUAUCCGCUGGAUAGCGAUUUAUCUGAUGGGUAGCGUUAUCCGCCCUUCAGGGACAAGCUUAAACGCAAUCAAAAUGCACGAAUUGCAUGCCUAGCAAAACUCGUGACGUAAUCACGAAAGGGAAAUCAUGUGACGCAGCCUGACACAGACUGGACGAGGAGAAAGACAUGGCGUUGACUUUAAUUUUUCUUGGGUUAAUUUUGGUUCCUUACUGCCUCUCGUUGAAACCCUUGGCAGGAGGAAUACAGGAUCGCAAACCUGAUGACCCAGAUGUCCUUGAUGCACUUGAUUUUGCCAUGAACGAAUUCAAUGCUAUGCAGAACAACUUGUAUCGCUUGAUGUCGACUAAAGUUAAGGAUGCGACUGUGCAGGUGAAAACGCAGCUUUGUUUGGAUCGAUUCAAGUACAUAAGAAUUACAUGAUUGCACAUUUUACAUCUCUCAUUCAUACUUAACAAAGUAUUGUUUACUCUUUGUUCAGAGUCCUUUCAAAAGAGGUUCGAUCGAUGUUGAGUAAUGCGACGAUGUUAGAAAUUUACAUCCGGUUUAGAAGUCAACUAAUUUAUGUAACAGCUUUAAUCGGCCCUAAACCUAGCGUUGUUCAAAAACAAAAAGAUCGUAGUUUAAACACAAUUUACAAAAUUCUCGUGAAUGAGUGUUGAGAGAAAUGAUGUACUCUAUCGAUGUGCUAUUGGGAUCAAUUUUUAUUACGCUUAUUGGUGUUGGUGUCAUGAUCCUAACUGAAUUUUCAAGUUGUGGAUAGUAUGUAUGUUACACGAUUACAAGCACGUUCUUUCUCUUGCUAGCUGCAGCUGAAAGUUAGCACUGUUUCAGUUUCUCGUGUAUGUCUUGUGAUUUGAUCAAUUUUUGAUACCUUGUUUCGUGCUGAGCUAAAGAAAGGUGCGGAUAAUAAAGAAAGAUAUAUAGUAUAACACACGGGCGCGCGUAGAUAUGGAAUUUCCCAAUCUACAAGCAACCAUUUAUUAUUUUUUUUAUCAUCUAAACACAAUAUAGUGACAAGAACAGCCAACUUCAUUAGUGAAUGAAAAUGAAAGAAUCAAUAAUCUCCAAAUAACUAUUAUAUGGUGCGUUGGCGCAAAGACUCGAGAUGGAGAAAUGUGUUGAAUCCUAAUUGCAAAAACAAAGAUGGGCAUAAUUUUCAAUUUACAAAAUUCUCAUGAAUUGACUUGGUCCCUACAGACAGCGAAGUCUUUCAGGUACAUAGCCUAAAUUGGCCUGUGGCCAAUCUUCCAGUUGUUGUUUUUCAUUUUCAGCCACAAGAAAUGCUAUUACCAAAGGCAAUAAAUACCUAACUUUUGGUUUUUCUUUCGUGGAAGGUGAGUUAUUUGUCAGCAGUUGAUUGGCGAUAUCAAACACGGGAAAAAUUUUUUUAUCAUAUAAACUAUGGUGUCACACAACAAUUUCUAGCCCUGAGAAUAGCCAUAACAACACAAUGAAAAAGUAUUGUAUUUUUUCACGUGCCUUCACCAUAGUCAAUCCAAGGUUGUUUGUCUGAAUUUUUUUUGGAUCAUGGCUGCUAAAAAAUUGAAAAAUAUGUAAUUGCCUAGAGAGAGUGACGUUUAAACUUUCCUUGAAGGGGAAGAAAACCAAAAUAUGGAAAGUAAAACUGAAAAUUUUGUAUUCAUUAGCUUUGGUAAUGGCAUUUGUCACACCUGAGAACAAAAGUCAACAACUGGAAGAUUUGCCUCAGGCUGAUUUUGGCUGUGUACCUGAAAGAUUUCUUCUGUCAGUAAGGACCAAGUCAAUAACUGAGAAUUGUGUAUAUUGAAAAUUACACCCGUCAUUUGUUUUUGUAUUGUUUCAACGUAUUUUUUUGUCUUGAGCCUCAGCACCAAUGCACCUUUUGAUUUUAUUCAGGUAUUGUUGAUUCUUUCAUUUUCAUUUAUUAUAUCGACUCUCUUGUCAGUAAAGGGCUGCUGCUACUUGCUUGUAGAAAUGAAAUUUCUCCUCUUGUGUUAAACUUGUGUCCUGGUGUUCAACUCUUGUGUCUGCUGUGCUCACUUGUGAGCUAUUGAGUUAAAUACUCCAAGAGAAUGUCUAUAUCUACAUACGCCUGUACAUUAUUCUCGAUGUAGUUUUUCACGUGUGUUGUUCCAGCUUUUCUCUGAGCUGGAAAUCCUUGUAUAACACCAAAUUGCACAUGAAGUCAUGUUAUUACCUAUACAAACACAGUACAGUAUAUUUAAGUAUCAGAGGUGAUUUUCAUAAUAUGGUUUUAUGUUUCAGGUUGUUUCUGGCCAAAAGUUCUGUAUUGUUUCAGAGGUUGGCAUUUCCCGAAGUUGCCGCAAUGAUGAGACUCACAAGUCUGCCUCUCUGGAUCUUUGCCCUGUUGACACUCUGGAGGUAGGAGAUUGUGUUCUAGGGAUAUGUGGAUGCCAUUAGACUGACAAUGGCGCCAGUGCUUUAUAUCAAGAACUUAGCUCAUAGCCAGAAAUUUCUCAAGCACAAAAAAACCAUUAGUCUUAUUUUGUAAGCUCUGAUUUGAUAAAUUUAGUGGAGGACCAUUGCUUGUUUCUUGGGGAGUGAGUGGAAAGUUGAAGUAGCUUCUAUUGGUGCAAAAAUGUGUAUCGCCAUUUGUCCUCGGACAUUAUCUGUUCCUUGAAGCUCACAGUUUUCCUUGAGCUUUGCUCUUACUAGGAAAGCUGUUCGAUUCUUGGAACAGAUGAUGUCUGCAGACAGAUAUCCACACAUAUUUUUGUCCUAAAUAGUGAUUAAUAAUUAUGUUUAUUAUCCUUGAAAUAUUAUGCAUGUGAAAAACUGUUAAUGAGCAGCUUACUGUAUGCAGCAUGGAAUGUUUUCUUUUGAGUGUUCACCGGUAAGACUUAUUGGACAAAAAAAGAUUUCCCUUCUCCAGUAGCAACCACACAAAACCCUCUCAUUUUGAAUUAAAAUUAAUUAAUUUUGAAACGAAGCCCUAUGGUAGUGGACGUAAGGUUUGAAAAUUUAGGAAUAUCGCUUGGGUGAUAUUCUUGGAUAUUACCCAGUUUUAGCUUGAGGAUAUUAAUUUUGGUCGUCCUUUAUCAAGACCAAUCACACAUGAGCAAAAAUGUUUGAUGGAUCUUAUUUAGUAUUAGUUUUGUAUCAUUAUUUAUGUUUUUUAUUAUUAAUCAUUAAUACACUUACAUUCAUUAUUGUAUGAUAACUUUUAAUAAAGGAUUUCACAGGUACUCAAAUGACAGAUGUUAUCAUGUUGUUCUUCACAGAUGCAGUGCAGAUUUGUGGUGAACAGCGUCCCAUGGGAGAAACGCAAAGACCUCAUCAGCCAUGAGUGUGUUGGUUUGGAGGAAAAAAUUAUGUCAUGUGAACGGAGCCAGCCUUCUAAAGUUGCAUCCAAACCAGAUGAGAGUAACUCUGUGGUAGAUUUUGAAAAGCAAUCAAAGGUAAAAGCAGGUUUCUUUUGAAAACGCGUAGAACACUAAUCAUGAGAAAGUAUAAGCCCCACUUGUUACCAUGAUGGUAGUUUUUAACAAAGGAGGCUGUUCUCCAAAGUUGUAACUAAGAUGUACAUAUGAAAUGUUCUUGCUUAACAUAAAUUUUGUGGCACUGGAGAACAGCAUAGCUUUUGCAAAGUGUAAGUCUUAAGGUGAUAUGACUCAAUUUAUUUUUAAAAAAUGAUGGUCUCUACUGAUUGUUUACAGUUGUUGUGAGCUGUGCUAUUACAACCUUCAGCUAUCAAUGUCUGUAAUUUCCUUUUUAUCUACAGCCAGCAAAUAAAUAUGUACACUCAAUUGCAAACACAUUGACACUUAAAAAAGCAUUUGUAAUCAAUAACAAGACCCCACAGUUCUGUGGUUACACAUAAAUACAGAAUGGCCACCAUUAGCAUGUGUUACAUGAUGGGAGUUAUGCUGGCUUUCUUGGAAAAAGGGGAUUAUUGUAACAAAGGAUUUCAUGAAUAGUGACAAAAGCCAAUCACUGAUUAUGCAUCUGCACUUGAGCAUUUCCCAUAGAGCUGUUUGGUCUCAUUGUUCACAAAUCAUGUUUUCUAGGGGUUAACAUUUUUUGCAAUUUAGUGUGUCAUCAAGAAGAGAAAACAGUUACUAACAGUUUUGUUUAUAGUCAUGCACUGUGAUCAGGAACUACUGUCAGUACCUUUUCAUCUGGGAAGUAUAUGCACAAGAGUAGUACCUGUGGCUUUCAGAAUUUGCUUGCCAACCCCCUUGGGAGGUACACCUGUGUUGCACACAGUUAAUUUCUUUUUUUUUUUUUUUUUUUUUUUCAGCCAAAACCUGCCAUAGGUGACAGUGAUGUACUUGAGACAUUCCACAAGUUUGUUAUUAAACACAAGAAGCCCUAUUUAACAGAUAAGGAUGGUAUGUGUUAACGCAUUAACCCAAAAACUCCCAACAUCUGAUUAUUAAUUUUUCCCUUUGACUGCUACACAUUUCCUGGUAAAUAAGCUACAAGAAUUUAGUGUUAGAUCAUGAAAACAACUUCUACCUGAUAAGUCUGAAUAUUCUCACCACCUGUUUACUGAAUAAUGUAUGGAUAUUGUAAGGAGAAGUGACAUGUAAAUCACUUCUGGGAGUUAAAGGGUUAAACAGGAGAGAAGUGGUUUGUUGAUCAAUAGUUUGCACUAGAAAAUGUUUCUUUUUGAUAAUAACUCAGAAAAUAAUUUGGUUUGGAGGUGGUGCUUGUUAAAUAACUCUUGGUGUUUUGUUACACUUUUGCAGCAGUCAUAUAUUUUUAAAAUUUUUCAUGUCAUUAAAAUUUUUUAUGUCAUGUUGAUCUUUUGGUUAUUUCUUUUAUUUUUUCAAAAUUUAAUGAUGAACACAAAAUGAGAAAAUUUCUGCUGGUUUGAAUAAUUGUAAACAAAGGUAAAAAAAUUAUGUUAGAUCUAUCAAAGCUCCAACCUGCUGGUGGGAAUUCCUUCUCAUUUCCUACUUUUCUUACAAUUUUUCUCUGAAGUGAAGCCCUUUGAUGUCCCCAUUACUCCUCUCAGUGUGCAGUUUGUUCCUGUCGUUUCCCUCUAUUUACACAGUUUGUCUCACUUUUUUUUAAAACUCUUUCAGAAUACAAGAAACGCUUUGCAGUUUACCAGGACAACUUGGUCAGAGCUCGAAAGAUGCAGGACAUGGAGCAAGGUUCUGCCAAAUAUGGGGAGACAGUGUUCAGUGAUUUAACAGGUUUGUCUCCUCAAUUGUGACUUUUCAAGGGGAAACUUACACUAAUACUCCAUAUGAAUGCUGUUUGUCAGCCUUACAAACAUCUGGGGAAUCUGUUCAAGUAGCUUUAGCAACAGUUUGAGUGACAUGGGUAGCCAUUAAACUGUUGUGGCAUCUGUAUGGUAAAAAUCUCUACCUGCUCAAAUGAGUUGAGACAUUAAUUUUGGAAGGGAUUGGCUUCCAUUUAAAUGAUAUGCAAGUCAAUUUAGCAGCCAUGUCAUCACGUACUUGGUUUAUUACAUUAUAAUCAAUAUAUCAUACCUACAUAUAUCUUUGAUGUGGAUAUUUUGUGUUUUUUCCUUUAGAGGAGGAAUUUAAGAAGAGUUACAAAAUGCCUGGUUGGGGAAAGCCACAAUAUGAAAUGAAGCAAGCUGAUAUUCCCAAGGGAGACAUUCCAAAAGCAUUUGAUUGGAGAGACAAAGGUAGAGUGUAUGAAUGUUUAAGGGUGUUAUGAAGUUCACACAAAAUGGUUGUUUGUGUAACUGGAUGUAACCCAUUUCACUUGCAAGUGAUGUCGCUGAGGUUGUUCUGUUUCUUUAAAGGUGCUGUGACUGCAGUAAAGAAUCAGGUAUGUAAACAGAAAUGUCAAGUUUAUCUACCUGGUAAUUGGUCCGUUGACCCUUUAACACCUAAGAGUGAUUAGUAACUAUUUCUUCCUAUCAGUAUCACCCUUAAAACAAACAUUGAGCUCACGAGAAUAAAGGAAAUGAUCACUGACUAAAUAGGCUCUUGAUCAUUAAACAAAUUCUCCUUGUCAGCACCAUAGGAAAUGCAGAGAGCAGUGUGGAGAAAAUGCAUACUGAUGUGAGGGGGUAAAGGGUUAAGUGUAGGUGUGUUUGCUAUAAUUUGUAGUCUCUCGUUGCUGUGAAUAAGCAGUGCUGCUGGGCUAUAAGAUACUUAUUGCCUGGCAUUUGGCUGCAUCUUGGCCUUCACUGGCUUUUGUGUGGUUGUGAACAACCUUGCUGAUUGUGUACCUUUAAAUCUAAGAAGACCUCUCUAAGUAAAAUUCUCGCAAAAAGAUGUGGUAUAACGAACAGUAUUAAUAAUAUAUCUAUUUGAAUGUGCUUUUUUUUCCCCCUGCCUCUCAACUUUUCACCCCACUGAAAACUGAUAUAUCUGUUUGCUCUUUCUGUUUGUGCAGUUUCAAAGUUAUUUAGUUCCAGGGGUGGAAUUUUUCCAAACAAUGGCAUUACAGUUUUCAGUAGAAAUUUGACAGGAAGAACUCAAAAUAACAACUUGGGGUCAUCGCUUGACUCGAAGACAAUUCUCAAAAUUGAAAUUUUUAGAAAUUAUAUCACAGACAGCAAAGAGAGUUGAUAUAUAUAUCUUUGGAGUGACAGGGAUCACAUAAUGAUUAAUUUUACUGCAUGCAGGGUGUGUGUGGUUCAUGCUGGGCUUUCUCUACAACUGGUAAUAUUGAAGGACAGUGGAAAAUCAAGAAAGGGGAUUUGGUCUCCCUCAGUGAACAAGGUAAUUAAUGAAGGUAAUGGGACUGAGUGGAGUCCAGUUUGGUCUGUAAUCAUACAAGUGAUUAACAAAAUUGGACAAUGGCAAAGUGGGAGUAUUAUUUGUUAAUUGUGAGUAUAAUUGCAGACUGGAUUGAAUGACAUGAAGUCCUGUUACCAUUAAUCAAAACUAUGACAAAAUUUGAGAAAGAAACUAGGCAUUGGUUAUAUGCUUUCAUAAACAAACAACAUUUACAUGUAACUCAGCAAAUUGUGUGACAACAGGGCAUGUACAUGAUGUAUACUUUAAUAUGUGUAUACUGUCAUUAGUGCUCAAAUUGGGCUGGUGAUAACCAUUCAUGUUGAAGAAUUUUUUUUGGCUUUGAUGAACAGGAAAACACAGCAUAUCAAUUGAUAUGCUGCAUUAAAAAAUAAACUGUGGAGUUUUACAAUGUUUGCCUUUUUCUGGCAUCUCAUUCAGUUAUUGUAUAAAAUUUCUUGUUUUUUCUUUGCAAUUUACAAAAUUAUCGUUCACAAAUUGAAGUGUUUUUAGGUUUGGUUAGUGAUAGAUUUGCCUUAGAGAUCAUUGCAAGGCUGAGACAAACAAGUAUUGUUAGGGAUAAAGGAAGUUUUCAACUGAAGAUUUCAUAAUGUGGAAUUUUUUACCUUUUUAACAACUGUACCAUCCAUGGUGUACUAAGGAACAGCCAAGCUGAGCCAUUCUUUGUCUCUUAAAGUCCUUUUAAGUUAAGGCAAAUUAGCCUUCCUGGCCUUGUUUUUGAGUGAAAAUUCUACUACCUUUUAAACACCUGAUCAAGGCCAGAAAUAAAAAUGAAGCUGUCAUGUAUGAAAGAGGUCUAUGUGCAAGUGUUGUUGCUCACAAACCGUACUUAUGAUCUUCUGUGAUCUCUUGAUCUUUCCAGAACUUGUUGACUGUGACACUGUUGAUCAUGGCUGCAAUGGUGGACUACCAUCUAAUGCUUACAAGCAAAUCAUGAAACUUGGUAUUGAUAAGAUCAUUUGUUACAAUGAAAUAUUUUGGUGAGGUGACUUUUAGAAAUACUGGUAGCUGAGGUUUUUUUUUAGUUUCUAAGUUGAUCUUGAUUCUGGUCCUUUUACUUGUGGAUAUGUAAAAGAUAAGGAGAAAUGAUGUGGAGUGUACAUGUAAGCAUGGCCACAGGAGUCUGGAGAAAGAAUGCAUCUCAUCAAAGAUGGCAGGCUGAUAGUUAACGAUGGUAGACUUUGUCAAGUCACUCUGAUUUAGAUUCUCAUUACUUGUACUGAACAGUUGUAUCUUUGAGAUUUUGGAAAACAUGUGAAACUUAAUUUUGGUAACAGAGAUGUUCUGAAUGUGUCAGAGAUUUAUGCUAUACUGUAUUGUAGUACGUUUGAGUGGUCUAACAACCUUGAUUUUUUUCCUAUUGAAAUUUUGCGUUCAGGUGGACUUGAGACUGAAAAAAUGUAUCCUUAUGAGGGAUCUGAUGAUAAAUGCAAGUUUGCAAAGUCAGAAGCAGUUGUUUACAUCAAUGGGUCUGUUGCGAUAUCAAAAGACGAAAAUGGUAAGUCAGGGUUUCUACAACCGUCUGAUCUUUCUUCAUCAUUCUGAAUGACAUUUUCAAUCCUUCUUUACUGGCUGUGGAAUUUCUUUCUGUUUGAAGGGUUAACAGCCCUGUAGUCAGAGCCAUAAUGCUUUUGGUGAACGUUAUGGAACAAUGGUUUUACUCUCAUUUAUGAUGUAGUUUACAAUGAAUUUUCAGGUGAAAAUGACUUAAAAUUAAUUUAAGCUGUUGGUGUAUUUAUGUGGGGUUUUUUUUCAUUAAUCCUUCAAUUGAGGAUAACUCAAAUCAAAUUUGGUGUAGGCAAUUUUUUUCUUUGAAAUUAUUAUGAACUUCCACACAGGUAAUACCUAUUUUUUUAGUUCAGUAAUUGAAGCCAUUGAUUUGUUUACCAAUUCAUAUAUUAUUUCAUUGUAAUCAGUCAUUUGAUACAAUCAACUUACAAGUUUGUGCAGGUUGUUUUACCGCACAGUUGCAGUGUGAUUUGUCUAUGCAGCAAUGAGAUAGGUCGAUUUGUUGAAGGUUUGUUCAUCAUGUACUAACCUCACAAAUGUUAUUUUUUCAGAAAUGGCUGCAUGGCUGGUGAAGAACGGACCAAUAUCUAUUGGUAUUAAUGCUAACAUGAUGCAGGUAAACUGAAGUGCAUGCUUUCAACUAUUCUUGAUGUAAAAGUUUUCCAUGAUAUGUUCCUCAUUUUAGCUUGGAGUUUAUGCUUUGCCUGAUGAACUAGUGUACAGGUUAUCAAUGGUCUAAGUCUGAACUAAAAACUACAAACUGUACACCAAUUCAUCUGAUAAGGAAAAACCCAGCAUUGGCACCAAAAACUAUUACAUGACUUUGUUGAAAUCUUCAAUGGUGAUCACACAAAGAAUCGGUCAUUAAAAAAUUGUGCCUCAGUGGAGAAUUUUAUAUGCAAUUUUUGCACAGGUCUGGGUGGAGGGGGGGGGGAGUGGGAGCUCAAACAAAACAAUGAGAGGGGGAUGUUGAAGCUUCAAAUCCAGGCAUUUGUGACACACCCUUUGUUACACAUGUAGGCUUCUAAGUUCACCUAACAUCAAAGAUCUUGUCACUUCUGGGGAUAAAAAUGGUAGGGAGGGGUCCCUUAGACUUACUGCCCCCUCCCCCCCUAUGUAUAUUUGGUUCUUCUUUAUUAACCUUAAAGUCCUAGAAGUGAUUUACAUGUAACUUCUCCCAAUAAUAUCCAGACACUAUCCAACAAACAGGUUAUGAGACUACUCAAACUUAUCAGUUAGAGGUUGUUAUCAUGAUAUGACACCAAAUUCUUGUAACUAAAUUACAAGGAAAUGUUUAACAGCUAGAUGGGAGAAUUAACAAUCAGAUCUUGGGAGCUUACGGGUUCAGGUGAAGGCUACUUUACCAUGUUGUUUUUUCAUUUGUUAGUUCUACUUAGGGGGAGUUGCUCACCCAUGGAAGAUUUUCUGUAAUCCAGAAUCUCUGGAUCAUGGUGUGCUGAUUGUAGGCUAUGGCGUCAGUGAGUAUUGCUGUUCUUGUUUCCUUGCUUUGAAACAUGUGAGAUAGCUCUUUCGGGCAAGUUAAAGGCAUGAGCUUAUGAACCUUUAUCCAACCAGCCAUGUUCGAGGUAGAGCUAGAUUGGACAUAAGGGGAGUGGGCAGGGACAGAUGACAUGCUCAGCCCAACCCCUCCCCUCUCCUUUCUUCAGACCAUCAGUCACCCCUUUGGUACAAUUUUUUUGCUCCCCUGCCUUCUACUGCUGUAAAAUUCAAAGAUUCAAAGAUAGCAGCUAUGAUUUAACCAUGGAAACACUGAGCACUCACAUUUCAAGAGCAAUCCUGCUCUUUAGACUAUAAGUGAAGUUGUUAAGACCAUUGUUAGAGGUUUCAUUGGUUACCCAAGGAUGUGUUAAACAUGAUGCUGUGGGUGAAAUGUAUUACACUUGAGGUUUUUCAUAAGUGAAAUGCUUUUAUUUUCACAAUUAUGGGAAUCAGAGCCCAGGCCAUUGUAUUUCAACCUCUGAUGCUCUUCCACUGAGCUACAGAGAAUCUUAUGGUGAGCUAGGACAUUAAUAGACGUUCCUUUACGUACGUUGUGUUGGAAGCAUUUUACACACCGUUGGGGUCAGCAAUGUGAAAAUUGUCAUGUGGGUAAUAGAACCAGAUAGUUCAAAAUUUACUACCUUUUUCUACUUUAUUAACCUAAAAAUAUGACAUCUCUUUUUAUAGAGAAUAGCUGGUUGUGGGGGGAUGAACCAUACUGGAUCAUCAAGAACAGGUAUAGAAUGAUAGACUCCAUUAAAUUCGGUCCUGUAAAAUGUACUUUCAUGCGCAUUAAAACAAUUAUAAUUUGCUUCUUUUGAAAUCUCCAAAUUAAAUUUUUACUCAGUUCUGUGCACUGUACUUCUAACUUUUUAUUUAAAAUUUUGGCUAUGAGAAUUUGUUGCAUUUUAGUCUAUAUCCCAAAUGUAUUUUUUCAAUUCUUCUCGUCCCUUCUUAUUGUAAGGAAAAAGUUCUUUUUGAUCGCUCCUGGAAGUGAAAGGGUUAGAGUUAGUAUUCCUAAGGGUUGAAGUGAGAUCCAAACAGAAUAAUCUUUGGUUGUUGGCACUGUUUUAUCGGAGCUUAUUUUACUGUGUUCUAUGAACAUUGUAUGUGGCUUAUUAAAACAUUUCUUUUUUCAUUCUAGUUGGGGUGAAAGCUGGGGCGAACAGGUAAGUUUAAUUUUUUUUUUCCUGAGAGGAGGCAAGAGCCAAAGAGAACGACACAGUAUUUUUCGUGUCGCUUCUAUAUCUCGUGACUCUUCACUCGCGUGACACACCACUCGCGUGACUCACCACUCGCGUGACUCACCACUCGCGUUCGCCUCGCUGUUGCUUCGUGCUUGACGCUUAGCCCGGAGGCUAGCGUGUCUCAUGCCACAGGGACUGUUAUGGGGAACUUAACUAACUUAAAUCUGCCCAUGUCUUUUGCCACAGGGAUACUACUUGAUAUAUCGUGGAGAUGGCAGCUGUGGUUUGAACACCAUGUGUACCUCGGCCGUCGUCGACUGAGCAAUUCUCAGGUCAGGUGAUAUGCUUGUAAAUGAAACAUUUUAAACAUUCAUUGAACAUAAUGUAGAAAUGACGAAUUUUUGUAAAUAUUAAGCAUUUGUUUUCAUUAUCUCUUUUAUUGUAGGUUUUGAAUCAAGUCAUUUAGUACAUUAUACCUAUGAUACCUGAUUUAAAUUUAAGCAUGUAGAAUCAAUUUUUUACAUUUUUCGUAGCCAUGGGCUUUUAUUAGUAAAAUGUUUUUUUUUCUUUAGUUUUUAAUUCGUUUUAUUGCCUUCCACACAGUUUUCACUUGUAUUGUACUUGACUUACUUUUUAUCGGAGAAAUCAAAACAAACCCUCGCUAAAAGAUGUAGAAAAAAACAUUUUGAAGUUUUACUUAAUGUUGGAUUUGGAAUGUUAAAAGAUGGAGUUAUUGGCCAGCUUAAAAUACUGGCAGUGGCUAUGUAAGCUUGGUAUGGAGGAUCAAAUUUUUAAUUGUUUUUUUUUUGUUGUAAGAAAUGGUUUGUUAACGGUUUAAUUGACAUCGAAACUUAGUAAUAAGAUUUUUAUUGUUCUAUUUUCCAACCUUUUUAUGCAUGUUUUAGCUGAGCUAUAUGACUGGCUUUGUAGAGAGGGAUAUAGAAUUUGUAGCCUUUGUUAUGAUAUUAAACAGUGAGUUUUGCCAAUUAAAACAAUGGUGUGUUUGUUUGACUUGAAAUAACCUCUUUUUGAAAUUGUGAGUACAGUUUAACUUUAUUGGAUAAAAGAGAGAUGAAAAUUAACAUCAGUAUGCAUAUUAUCCAUACUAUUCUCCACAUAUGAGGAUAAUUUGUUUUAAUAAUCAAGAGCCUCUUAAGUUGGUGAUCAUUUCCUUUUUUGUCACUCCGA